ACCACCUCCCGCAGGCAGCAUGGGUAUUCAAGGCCUGCUCCCUCUGCUGAAGAGCAUCCACAAGCCCACUCAUCUCCGCCACUUUGCUGGCCAGACGCUCGGAGUCGACGCAUAUGGCUGGAUGCACCGCGGCACCGUGGCGUGUGCCAUUGAGUUGGCCGAGGGCAAACCCACCCGCAAGCACAUCGACUUUGUCAUGCACCGCGUACGUAUGCUCAUCCACUUCGGCGUGAAACCUUACCUCGUGUUCGACGGCGAUUAUCUUCCUAGCAAAGCACAUACUGAGAAGGAACGGGCUGCGAGACGCAAAGAGAGCAAGCGUGUGGGAUUGGACAUGUUGAGGAUGGGCAGACCGUCACAGGCGCAGCUAGAGUUGCAGAAGGCGGUGGAUGUCACGCCGGUCAUGGCACGAGAAGUGAUUGAGGAGUUGAGGAAGUUGGAUGUGGAAUACGUGGUGGCGCCGUAUGAAGCGGACAGUCAACUGGCCUACCUUGAGAAGGAAGGUAUUAUCAACGGCGUCCUCAGCGAAGACUCGGAUCUCUUGGUCUUUGGCGUCAACUGCCUCCUCACCAAGCUGGACCAGUUUGGAGAGUGCGUCAUGGUCAACCGCGCCGACUUCACCUCCGUUCGCGACAUCAGCCUGGUAGGCUGGUCUGACAAGGAGUUCCGUAUGAUGGCUAUGCUGAGUGGCUGCGACUACUUGCCCGGCAUCGACAAGAUAGGACUCAAGACUGCCUACCGUCUAGUUCGCAAGCACAAGACUAUCGAAAAAAUCGUGCGCACCGUGCAGUUUGAUGGCAAGAUGAAGGUUCCAAAGGACUAUCUCGACGCCUUCUAUCGAGCAGAGCGGACCUUCAUGCACCAAUGGGUUUUCUGUCCAGAAGCGCAAUGCCUGACCCAUCUCAACCCGCUCCCGGCUGGGUUGAAUGUUGAAUUGAUGCCAUACAUAGGACAUCACGUCGAAGCCGACCAUGCUUACGGUGUGGCAAUUGGUGAUCUCCACCCGAAUACCAAGACUCGUAUCGUCCUACCAAGCAGAUUGCAUCACUUAGGCCACAGCAGGCGAUCAGUCUCUUCUCCAAUGGAGAAGCACGGUGGCAAGCCAAUCGACGACUACUUCAAGUCACGCCGCAUGCCUCUUGCUGAGCUCGACCCAAAUCUCUUCAAACACUCACCAAGCCAACAGAACCUGCUUGAGACGCAGGGUCUGACAUCUUGGUCUGCAGCUCCGACCUCUGUUAUUGAACCAGUUUCACGCAUACCGGCACCCAGAUUAUCGCACUUUUCGGCACCUCGCAUAUUCAACGGUUUGGUUGCCAGCAACGCUCAGCCGAGAUCUUCGGCAUCACAGGGCUCGCGCCGCACCGUGACGGACCCCUCUCCCACUCAACGCGCUUCACCUAAGCGGCAGCGUCUAUGCUCAGAUUCUGGAAUUGCCGCUGCCAUGAAGGGAACAUCGGGGAUCGAGACAGCCACGAGUCGCUUCUUUGUCAACAAUGGCCCGAAGCCAGGACCUCCUAUCCGGCGCAAGUCGAGUCGCAAGACUGAUGAGUUUGACUUGUGGUCCGACGAUUCUGUCAAGGAGGCUGCCGCGGCGGUCGUCGAAGUAGUCAAGCAUGCAGAGGCCACACCAGCUCCCACACAGUCUUCUCCUCGAAAGAGGAAGAAGUUGCAGGUCUUUGCCGACUCCGCCGAGGACUCGACAGUUGACACCUCAUUCCAGUCGACAGCCACCCCAAGUGCGAUGACUGCAGAGUCGCCGGCCUCUCUCGGCACAUCCGCAAUUUCCGUUUGCAGUACCCCGUCGCAAGAGCAUAGCGUGUUCAGCAAGUCUAUCCGUCUCAACUUCAACGCUCUGCGGUAUAACUCAUCGACCACACGCACGACGCCAUCACGCCCAGCCUCCUCGCUUUUCCCUUCUCGCACACCGACUCGACUGCCUUCAGCAUUGGACAUGGGGUUCAAGGUGGAAGACAGCAUUGCAGAUGUCGACGACAGCGGCAUUGUUCUGGAGUCACCGCCUGGUCUUCCUGCCGCAAAUUUCCGCUCUGACGUGGCUGAAGCUGAUGAGGAUAUCCUGGACGAGCAAGAAUGGGUUGUGGUCGAGAAGGGACCGGGAGGUUUCUCACGGGCUCUGUCGGAGUUGCCCGUGAAGGGAAGUGAGGACAUGAUCGUGCCAGAGAGUCCCGAAGAGGCCAAGCAGGGUCUCAACUUGAGUCAGUUCGCUUACGAUGGAUAGCUACCAUGGUAACAGUGUCUAGCACAACCCAGUUUUACGACGGAUGAAAUAGAUGGAGACAGUACAUAAGCACGAAGUAUGAUACCCC